AUGCCGCCAACUGCUUAUACUCUAGGUGCUGAUCUCAUCACCCCCGUCGAUAAGGGCGCAAUAUCUUCCAUGAGUCAUUCACUGGCCCAAUGGCUUGUGGAUCCCUUAUAUCCACCUUCAGCACCCCUUCCAUGUGGGUCUAUGCCCAUCCCCGAGCAAUUCAUUCCCCACCACAAUUUGUACACAGGCAUGCCCCAUCUCUGUCAGCAUCGCGACACUGGCGAGAACACCACGUGGUAUCCAUGGCCGAACAAAGUCGUUUGCGUCCUUGAUAUCCUUCGCAACCUCCCUCGGUCUCUUUUUUCAAACUCGCAAAUAGAGAUCAUAGCCUGGGCUAUGUUUAACCUCGGCAUCUCUAACCUUCCAUCAACAUCCGGACUCAAGGAAACCGUUAACACACUGCAAGAAUGCUACGCCUGGCUGACCAGAUCUCUCAAGCAUGAAUUCAGCAAUCCUCGGGUCGGCCCACACUUGUGUGCCUAUCCAGAAGAUUCUGGCAAGCUGCUCGAGGAAGCUUGGCAGGGCGACCGCUGGCGACACGACCUCAAUUCAAGUUUGACAACGCCAAUGAUACAAAUGGGUGCUCAAGACUUCUAUUUGUUCGAACCCACCAAACUGGAUGAUGGACGCGUUAUCCUUCCAACCCACUGGUUUUUCCGCACAGAGGUGGAUGGAGGUCGGACUACCAAACUGUUUUUUGCGGAAGCAUGCCGACUAGAAGCAGUGAUAUUGGAGGGAUCGCCGAGUGGAUAUGUUGCUCAUGAAUAUGACCGGUUUAUCGUUGAUGCCCGGCAUCUUAUGUUUGCAUUCCCGACACUCGUAGACAUGUUUCAUAUGGACAAUCUACCUGAUCCAUGUGUGAUGCUAGGUUUGAUUAAAUUGUCGGGGCUGGGUAUGCAUCCAUGGACCUAUACCAAGGAUCCGGCACAAGGAAACGACUGGUGUAUCAAGGGAAAAGGACACCGUGUGCUUAAAUGGAACAAGCACAAUUCAUUCCUGUGGACACCGGCAGGACUUCCUUGUUAUUUGGCUCAAAAACAAUACAACAUGCACUUUCUCUCUACAUCUAACAUAGCACCACUACUUGAAAUGAUGGAUGGUGUGGUUACCCAGCUCGAGGAUGCUCAACAAGAAGGAAUUUGGGCAUGGGAUGUGGCAGCGCAAGAAUAUAGUAAAUUCGCGUGCCAUAUUGGUCUGCGUGGCAAGUUCUUCUGUCACGCUUGCUGGGUCAAGGGGAAGGAUGCAGACGACGAAUUAGCAGCACCCAUGAUGAUAUCUAGCAUGGCCAAUGAUGCCGGUGAGAAUGCCCUUAAUGAGAUCCACUGUGAUUCCCUGGGCAACUCUUCUGCAGAUGGUGACUCUCAAGAUGGAAAUUCUACCUCUGGUCUGUCCACCAAAAGCGCAGCUAAUGCAGACUCUCCGGAGCUUGCUGCACCAGCAAUAGUGCAGUCCGUGGGUUCGACUCUGUCGACACUUGAGGGACAAGCAGGUGCCAUCCUUGACCACCCGCUAACUAAGAAGAAAGGACGCGCUCUUAAAACAUUGCAGCAACUCUGCGAUCGUGCCCGACAUUCUCUCAGGCCCAUGGUCAUGCGCGAUAAAGAGGAUACCCAGUGGAAACUGAGGUCGAUAUUCGACACUUCACGGCGAGUGGGCAGCAUGAGUCAGGCUGCUAAGAUGCAAAUGGCUUUCGGGGUGAAGGAUACAUACCAAGAGGUGUACACAGACAAGAUCCAUGUAGUUGCUCGGAAGGUCACAGGAUCUAUGGCUGUGAGACAGAAAGCCAUAGAUGACUUGGUCAAAUCCUUCCCACCUGUGGUAUCGAGUCCAGUCUGGCGUAUUAAGAAUCUUGAUCCACACUUGGAUACCCCUGUGGAGAUCCUUCACAAAGCCCUGCUGGCGACAUGCCUGGAAUCUCUGGAUAUGUCCGGUUUGGGGUGCUCAAGGUUUGUUGGUCAAACACUUGUCCAAUAUGCAGGAUCCCUUACUGGACGCGAUUUUCGGGUCAUUACUCAAGUUACACCCUUUGUGCUAUACAAUCUGGCCGACAGUGAUUGCUACGAAGCUUGGCUGGCCCUGUUUCACCUCAUUCCCCUUGUGUGGCAGCCAUCUAUCAAGAACAAAACCGCACAUCUUGAUGAACUGGAGUGCCGGAUCGAGCACUUUCUGCUGUGCACUGUCAAAUGGACACCUUGUUGGUUCGACAAACUGAAGUUUCAUAUAGUGAGGCAUCUGGUGUAUCAUAUUUGUCGUUUUGGGCUGGCCAUACUCUUUGCGACCAAAUUGUUUGAGUCAUUUAACACGGUUAUUCGAGCACAAAGUAUUCACAGUAAUCGUCAUGCUCCCUCUAAGAACAUUGCCGUGGGAUUCGCAUAUGGCAAUUGGGUCCGCCAUAUCAUGAGUGGCGGGGUGUUCCAGCUGUGCCUCAUUGUGCGUUCAUCUAGACAGACCAUACGUGAGGGGGACUUGGAACUAGUAUGCCAGGGUCCUCUGCCCAAUGGCUCUCGCACUUGGAGGAUGGCUGGACCUGAUGCAUUGGCUCUCAUGCGGGCCAGCGAUGUUCGGUUGAACUUCAUGGCAAAACAGCUUGGGCUCCUUGAUGAUGCUGAGCUAGGCAUUCCUGGUAUGUUCUCCGCAACUAUGAAUGUAUGUACACAUUGUGUGGAUCUCAUGAUGCCGCUAGGCAUUGUGCAGCACGAUGCCACACCCCUGCAAAGGUGGGGUGCUUUGCAAACAAGUGUGCAGGCCCCCCACAGUGUGCAAAAUCCCCAACUUCAUCUUUUCUUAACAUGUGCCUCCGUCAACCUUAUUGAUGGUCAGCGCGCGGAUGCGGGAACAUGGGUUCUCAGUACUCACAAACUAGGAGGAGGGCCGGAGUUAGCGCGAGUGUCAAGGAUUAAGGAAAUCAUUCAGGUGUGCGGCACUGAGGCUCAGCUAGAGGGGCGAGUGAACGGGGUGUUAGUGCAGUGGUAUACAAAUGUGGGGACAUCAGCCAUAUACAAGCUGCCCAUACUCAAAGCGGCAGGGUGGGAACUGCUCUCAAUAGAGGCUUUGUUGUAUGCUGUGAACAUGCAACAUGAUUGUGCAUCGCACAAAUGUGAUACUUCCGCUUGA